CACCAGCAGCAUUAAAGUCUUCCCUCUCCCCACUCUUUCUCUCUCUACUUUCUCUCUCCUACCGUAUCACUACCUCUACUACCCUUUCUCUCCCUCCCUCCAAGAUCUCUCUUUUCUGCUCCAGCUCUCUCUCUCUAGAACUAGCUCACGUUUUCUCUCUCUCUACCAUACAAGCAUUCGAGUAUGUCUCGGCUUUGUUAGAUCUUCAACCGCAUUUUAUGGAUCUGCAACCCGACCUACCCGCAUUGCUGUCUUCUUCUUCACACCCUCUCUCCUAGGGUUUUUCUUCUUCUUUUGGGUUUAACAAGCUCUCUUCACUUGUUGUGGUAGUAGUAGUAGUAGUAGGUAGCUAUGCAAUCUGUAGCGGCGGUUCCUGGGAAACUGGAAGGGGGAGCUUGCCGUCGGCCAUUGCUUGACCGGAAACCUAGAAAUCUCUGGCUGCUCUCUGCCGACGCCGUCGAGCUCCAGCUCGGUGCUGUUUGACAAUGGUUUGCGUCAAUUUGGGUUUUGUCGGAGAAAAUGCGAACUUUAAUUCUGCCUCUCUGUCUUAUUUUUCUUCCUCAUCUUCUUGUUCUGCUUCCUCCUUGCUCAGGGCAUUCGUUACUGCACCUAUACCUGUCUCCCGCUCAAUUUACGCACCGACUAUUAUCUACAAGAGACUUCUCAGUUGACCAUGCGAGGUCGAUUUUGAUGAGUUUGUCUUUUGGGUCAUCAAAGUUCUCCCAGACAAAGUUGCUUAAACCCUCUUUGGCCCCUUCACCUGCACCUUCUCCAAUUUAUCAAGGUCCUACUGGUUCUCUCUCUCCCAGGCACGGUCAUCAUCGACAUCGUCAUCAUGCAAGGCCCCAUGCUGUUGCUCCAGCUCCAGCAAAAGACCAAGCAGGCUGUGGUCAAAUCUGUGUGGAGCCACUUACUGCCACUCCCUUUGGUUCGCCUUGUGGUUGUGUGUUUCCAAUGAAAGUCAGACUUCUACUAGAUGUUGCUCCCUUUGCUGUUUUUCCUGUAAUGAAUGAGCUAGAGAUUGAGGUUGCUGCUGGCACAUACUUGGAGCAAAGUCAAGUGAAAAUAAUGGGUGCUAGUGCUGAUAGCCAAAAUCAAGGAAGGACAGUAGUGGACAUUAACUUAGUUCCACUGGGAGAGAAGUUUGAUAAUACAACAGCAAUACUAACGUAUCAGCGAUUUCGACAUAAAAAAGUGCCUUUGAAUGUGACUCUUUUUGGUAAUUACGAUGUUGUAUUCAUUAGUUAUCCAGGGAUUCCUUCCUCACCACCAUAUGGAGGUUUCACGGGUAGUGGUCCAACUGGAAGUGCUGGAAAUCUACCUAUUACUGCCAAUUUUGGGAACAAGAACCAGAAAAUGAAUGUUCGAACCAUUGCCAUUAUAGCUCUGUCUGGAUUUGUACUCCUAAUGGUUCUACUUGGAGCAAUCUCUGUAUUUAUUAAAUGGAGAAAAGUUAGAAAACCUUCAAAUGCUGUUGGCCCUGCUUUUACGUCGUCCAUCCAUAAAAGAUCUGGUAUAGGGUCAAUUUUGUCAAGUAGUAUUGCAAGCUCCACUUCUGUGUCCCUGAUGUCAAAUAUGGCGCCCAGUAUCCUCUCUGUUAGAACAUUUUCACUUUCUGAGCUCGAGAAAGCAACAGAGAAGUUCAGUUCAAAAAGAAUUUUAGGAGAAGGAGGAUUUGGACGUGUUUACAGUGGGCUUAUGGAGGAUGGAACUGAAGCUGCAGUAAAGUUGCUUACGAGGGAUAACCAAAAUGGUGAUCGUGAAUUUAUUGCGGAAGUUGAGAUGCUAAGCCGACUGCAUCACCGUAACCUUGUCAAACUUGUUGGCAUAUGCAUUGAAGGGCGAAGACGUUGCUUGGUCUAUGAACUUGUUCCCAAUGGCAGUGUUGAGUCCCACUUGCAUGGUGUUGACAAGACAAAGGGGCCUCUUGACUGGGAUGCAAGGAUGAAGAUUGCCCUUGGUGCAGCAAGAGGAUUAGCCUAUCUUCAUGAAGACUCAAAUCCUCGAGUUAUUCACCGAGAUUUCAAGGCUAGCAAUGUUUUAUUGGAAGAUGACUUCACCCCCAAAGUUUCAGAUUUUGGGUUGGCAAGGGAAGCAACAGAAGGAAGUCAGCAUAUUUCUACUCGAGUUAUGGGAACUUUUGGGUAUGUCGCACCAGAAUAUGCAAUGACGGGUCACCUACUUGUCAAGAGUGAUGUUUAUAGUUAUGGAGUUGUGCUUCUGGAACUUCUCUCAGGACGGAAACCUGUGGACAUGUCCCAACCUCAGGGAGAGGAGAAUUUAGUAACUUGGGCACGACCUCUACUGACUAACAGGGAAGGUUUGGAACAGUUGGUGGAUUCUGCUUUAGUUGGAUGCUGUGACUUUGAUGACAUAGCUAAAGUGGCAGCCAUUGCCUCCAUGUGUGUUCACCCUGAGGUGACUCACAGACCAUUUAUGGGUGAAGUUGUGCAGGCUUUAAAGUUGAUAUACAAUGACACUGAUGAGACUUGCGGGGACUGCUGUAGUCAAAAGGAGUCUUCUGCUCCAGACUCGGACUUCAAAGGCGAUCUUGCAGUUUCCGAUAGUAGCUGGUGGAAUGCCGGAGGGAUCAGCCCCCGAUUAACUUAUGGGCAGGCUUCUUCCUUCAUAACAAUGGAGUACAGCUCUGGGCAACUUGAUGAAAUGGAUAACAGGCCAUUUUCGACUUCGAGUUUGAUGGGUGACGAAACAUCUCUGCCAAUCAGACAUGGGAACAGGUCAGGGCCCUUGAGAACAAUUCGGAGCAAGCCAGCUUUCUAUAGACUAACAGGAAGUAGGAGUGAGCAUGGUGCCUUCCUUCCAAAACGUGAUUGGAAUGAUGGUUAUUGGGUAUGAGCAUUUGAGGUUUCUUUGUUUUUAUUUUUGAAAAAUGUACAGUUCCAGAAGGACCCUGGCUUUAUCAGUCAUAAGCCAUUGGUGUAGUUUAGGAGUUUGGAAUUUCCUUGGUUCCCCCUUGUUUGGAGAAAAUGUGAGACAAAAAAAAGUUAAAAGAGAGAACCUUGGCUUCUAAUUUUGGAAUUCUUGAUUCAUUACCAUACGAGUUGGAGAUGUAAGUGUAAUACUCCUCUGUAUUGUAUAUCACUAAAAUUUUAUAUUCUUAUUAUUAUGGUUCAAUGCUUUAUUGGUUAUUUUGU